AUGGAGGAAUCAAUACUAUCAAAUAAGGUCUCAGCUCAAAGUUAUUCAUCAAUAGAACGAGGUGUUUUAAAAUAUGUUGAUGUAGUUGGAAGUGUCGAAAAUAAUGAUCAUUUGUUUGAACUAUAUAUCGAAGAUGAUAAUUAUUUGAAUAUUGAGAAGGACCGCGCUGGUUAUUUGAAAUCAGAGGGUGACUUUAAUGAUGGAUAUAAAGCUAUUUAUUCACUUCGAGCGCUUGGCGCUCUUCAUGAAAAUCCAAUAACAGAUGAAGAUACAGCAGAGUUGAAUUUUGCACUUGCGGAGAAUCUUAAUACAAUCGAUAUAAAUACCGUUACUUGGGAAAAUCCGUUGUCAGUCACGCGGAAACAUAAAACCGGAAUUUUUUCCAAUGAUCUAUGUCAACAAUUAAAAGCAUCCGACGAUUAUAAUGCUCUUGAUGAAGAUGACAAUUGGUUUAAUAAUGGUUAUCUAACCGAUGUUGUGAUACCGUUGAUCCGUGCAGCAAUUAAGGAUAUUCCAAAUUUUAAUUAUAUGCGGGUAACGACUUCUGAAAUGGAGAGCAAAAAUAGUAAAGAGAGAUGGAAAUUACAGAAAUGUAGUUCAUUUGGUAAAAAACCUGACGCAAUGAUUAUUGCCACAAUUUGCAAUAUUGAGUUUGAAAUUAUGUUUUUGGAGGGAUCGCGUCUUGUCGCAGAUAAAGGAAAGCGUCAUUCGGAUAGCGUUAAACUUUGGCGCGGAAGCAAUGAUGGCAUAUGGCUUGCUAGUCUCGGUACCACCACUUUGAUAAAGCCAAAUUGCCACUUACGAAUUCAGGAAGCAUUUUCGAUUAUCAAUUUAUUACUUAAACUUCGAAUUAUCAUUAUUGUUGAUAUUGGCCUAUUUAAAUCUGCUGUGAAGUCUAAAUUUAAUCGUAAUAAUAGGAAAAAUGUGAAGAGUUCAACAACUAGUUCUCCGGGUAAUAAAAAAUUAAAAUCUGUUUAA